UCGGGGCCGGAGAAGCCAGAGGUGGGAACUCGGCGCGCUCCUCUCGGGCGGAGCAGGCCCCAGACGUGGCCUCUGGGGAAGCCGAAGGACGAGCCCCUCCGCAGCCGCGCGAGCCCUUCACGAGGGCGGGUGAGCACAGCAUGAGGUCUUCAGCUCAGGUGGUGACAUUGUGGGGGAGCCAAGCCCCCACUCACAGCAUCACUGCCAUCCUGAUCACGGAGGACCAGAGGACCAUCGUGACGGGCAGCCAGGAGGGACAACUCUGUCUCUGGACUCUCUCUCCAGAACUGCAGAUUUCCCCGAAGCAAAUCCUCCUGGGUCACUCUGCAUCAGUGACGUGCUUGGCCAAGGCGAGGGACUUUGAGAAGCAGCCCUACGUGGUCAGCGCAGCCGAGGACGGGGAGAUGUGCCUCUGGAGUGUCGCCUGUGGGCAGUGCGUGGAGCACACCACCCUCCCCUUUCGGCACACGGCCAUCUGCUAUUACCACAGCUCCUUCCGCAUGAUGGGGGACGGCUGGCUCCUCUGCUGUGGGCAGUACAACGAUGUCCUGGUCGUGGACGCCGGAACGCUGGCCCUGCUCCACCGCUUGGAGUCGUCGCGGGCCUCCGACUGGGUCCGCUGCAUGUGCCUGGUGCACUCCCCCAGGAUCCAAGAGGACUCCUUGAUAGCCGUCUCCGUGGCAGGAGACCUGAAAGUCUGGGACCUGUCCUCCUCCGUGAGCAGGAUCCAGGAGAAGGAAGGUGUCCACGAACGGGAAGCCAGGCCUCUCGGCUGUGCCCCCUGCCUCGCUCUCCGGUUUUGCAGCUAUACCGGGCGGCUCCUCCUCGUGGUGUUUUCCAGCUGCUGGAAGGUAUACGAUUACUGUGACUUCUCCUUGCUGGGGACGGAAUCCAGCCCCCGCGGGCAGAGCUUUGCUGGGGGCGACAUCCUGGCUGCUCACCGGCUGAUCGUUUGGACAGAAGAUGGACGAGGCUUCAUCUACCAGCUGCCGAACAGCGGUCUUUCACGUGGCAUCCAGCCCUCCAGUGGAAGAGCCCUUCGAGAAACUGUGCACCCCCCGCUCUUACUCUGUUUGACGGAUGUGGAAGAGAACGAGAGCUUCUCUCACAUGAUGGGCUUCUUGAAUGAAAGGAAGGAACCUUUUUAUAAGAUCCUGUAUUCUGGAGAUGCCUCUGGGAGAAUCACUCUCUGGCAUAUUCCCGACGUUCCCGUCUCAACCCUGGACGGCUCUCCAAGAGAGAUCCCCACCGCAGCCUCCUCGACUCUUCAGGACCACUUUGGCGCCCACAGUUCUCUGGCCCCAAGCCUCCUCGGGCCUCUCUGGGGGGCCGACGUGGGGGACGGAAGCGCCACCAUCUGGUCCUCUGUGUACAUCCCCAGUUGCGACAGGCUGGUGUGCGGCUGCGAGGAUGGCCAGAUCUUGGUGGUGCUGGUCUUGCCCACCGCUAAGGCCCGGCUGCUGGCAGGCGGCUCCUCCCCGGGAGACGCCCUGCCCCACGGGGUCCUCCGGGGUCACAGCAGCAGCGUCACCGCCUUGCUUUACCUGCACGGCCAGUCCACCCGGUUUGACCGCAGCUGGCUGGUUUCGGGGAGCCAGGAUUCUUGUGUGAUCUGGUGGGACCUCUUUACCGGGGAGAUUUUGCAUCAGUUUUCUCUGCAAGCCGGUCCCAUCACAGACCUGCUGCUCUCUUCGGAGAACUACAGAUUCCAGAGCCAGAGGGUUGUCUGUUGCCUGUGCGGUGACCACUCGGUGGCCCUGCUGCACCUGCAGGAGCGGAGCUGCCUCCUCCACGCCCGGAGCCACCCUUUCCCCGUGGAGACGCUGCGCUGGCGCCCGCUGGAAGACCUGCUGGUGGUGGGCUGUGAAGACGGCUCCGCUUACAUUUGGGACGUUGAGACAGGAACCCUAGAACGCCACGAGACGGGGGAAAGGGCCAAGGCGGUCCUGGCGUGCUGUGAAGACUCCAGUGCGGAUUCUCUGCUCCCAGCCUUGGAAGGAGACCUUCGCCAGCGGAGAACUCUUGGCAGCCAGUCCUCCAGCUCUCACAAAGUGGCUGCCCAGACCUACAGCAGCCCGACUCAUCGGGAAAAGGCUUCACGUUGCCCGGCCGCUGUCUGCCAUGCCCAGAGGCCUUUCGCCCUCCUGCCCGUGAAGACAAGACGGGGCUGCUUCCACGUCCUCUUCUUUGACCCGGCAAGGCUGGCCGAGGUGCUGCAUUCCUCUCCGCUCAACGGCCUGAAGCCGUCCAGCUCCUGCCACAGCUCCAGCACACUCAAGAGGGCCAAAAGCACCGCCGAGAAGCGGACACUGGUCCUGAAGAGAAGCAGGACUUCCGGCUCGCUCUCGCCAUGGAACGGGCAAGUGGCAGCUGCUGGCGGAGAGCAAGCCUUUGGGGCUGGAUCCUUGGAGCCCGGCGCGGCUGGCAUCAAAAGGCUGAAAAAACCAAAGAGUUCCAAGAAGAUUCGGAGGCAGCCAUCAGGGAAAGUCAAUGUGGACUUCGCCACGGACACAGCAAAGCUCCUCUUGUCGUGCCUCUUGCCUUGGGGCGUGGACAGGGAAUCGGACAGCCUCUACACUCGGCAUUUUGACAUCUUGCCGCUUCUCCAGCCAGUCUCCUUUGGACUUGUAUCGAAAGAGAAGCAUCUCUCCCUGUGGUUGCCAGGAUGGAGCCAGGCUAAUCCUGCCGGGGCUGAGCAGCAGCACGAGAGGGUCAACUUGUUUUCCAGCAAAGUGCUGGAUUUGCGGACAAAGUACUUGAGUGUGGCCCAAGAGCAUGCAGGAAAGACCCACAGAUGCACGAAAGACCUCAGUGCCGCGGAGGAAUCAUCAGCUCUGGUUUACUUAUUGAACAGAAUCUGUUUCGUUCAGAGGAUAAUAAGCACGCCUUUGGAAAAGGCCAGUCCACAGGAACGGGAAUCUGUCCGUCCCAAAGGGAGAGCUUCCCAGUCUAGUGGGACAAGCACAUCAUAUGAAGAGCCAUCUGAACAUGUAUUGCGGUUUCCUGUGCAUGAUCUGGAGAUUAUUUCGCUUGUAAAACUUAUUUCUUCUUGGAGAACUCAAUCCAUAGAGGUGAUGGAAGCCAUUCAAGCUGCACUCCUGGCUGAAGUUCAGUGGAGCACGAGCCAUCUGCAGAAGACAUUGGUCAAUAGUCACAGGCAAGAGCUGGCCCCUGCAGCAAGUGCCGGUGGGGAGAUCCCAAAGACUGAUCAGCCAGCGAUGACCAAGAGUCCUCCUUUGCUCUCUCUCGCAGGCUCAGCCACGUGCAAUGGAGCCUCAAGCCCUGCAGGCUUUUCAGGAGGAGAUGACAGUGCCGAGAGGCGAGUCUCGGAAGAGCUGGAGGGCCCAGAUCAGCACAGAACUAUGAACGGAAAUAGUCCCAAAGUGAGGACGGACCCGGUGGCAUCCCCUCCAAAUGUGUCUGCAGCGCAUGGGCCAUGUCCGGUCCCAGAGAGAUCUGGGGCUGCCCACAGGCCAAGCCGUCCCAGGUCCCAGCCCUCCCAUCCAUGAGGAGCUCAGCAGUCUUGGUUGCCCCCACGGCUCCUUUCCUUGCCUGCCUCUGCGGAGCAUGUUUCUUAUCCAUCCCCUCUGUGGUCGGUCUGAGACCGGGGGAGUUCAGAGCUCCCCCCGUCUGGCAGCCUGCGCUGACAGGGACGGCUGCCAAGCGCCCUGGCCUGGACCCUCCCCCAGGAGCUCUUGCGGAGGGUUCCUUCUCAGGACAAGGGGGCAGCCGCAGGUCCCCCAAGACAUCGCCAGCCCGCGAGGAGGGGGAGCAGGCGCUGGGGGCGGCUGUGCCCGGGUCCCCACUGCCCGCCUGGCCAGCACAGGGGAUGGAUGGCCCAAGCCCCAGCUCUUCCCAGGCCUGCCACUGUUUUGAGGCUCAUGCACGGCUGGGUGCCAGCCAGCUCUGUGGCUCCAUUUGCCUCUCCCAAAGAGACAGCGGCAGCCCUGAGCCCCAGAAGCGGCCUGCUCCCUCCCGGAGAGAAAAGCACACUCUGGAGCAGCAGGGAAUGGAGCCUCGUCUCUUCUGUCGCUGGGCUUCGGGCCAGAGGGAUGGGGAGGGCUGGUUCUUCCCUCUUUGGAGGGUUCCCAGCGCAGGGUGGGCAGAAAUGUGCUGCGGAAGCUGCCGCCCUGCCAGGAGGCCAAUCCGUUUCCUGGCCCAGCCUCUCCGCUGCAGAGAAGAGCCCGUCUGGCUCAGCAGUCCUGACUUCGCAGGAAGCCGUGAAUCCCUCCGUUGUCAGGCAGCCUGGUGCUGAGGCCUUGUGGGCCUCUCUGGAGGGUGGUGCUCAAGUCUCGCGGCUUCCCACGGAGCAGUUGGGGCGGGGUCGUCAUGGCAACAGCAUCGCCUUUCCCCAGGCAGGGCUCACAUUGAUCCGUGGGGCAGGCGCAAAUGGACGGGCGACCGGCGAGGCCUGGAACGAGGCACACAGCCAGGGCCUGGAGGAGGACAGGGCCCCCUUGCAUGGGGGGGGGGGCUCUCUCUCUCCCCCCUUCACUGAGAGGGAAACUGGGCAGUCGCUCCUCAGGCCGGAUCAGCUUCCCGAGGCCUCCAGUUCGGGGCCCCACAACAAAGCAUCCGCCACAGGCACUCUUGAUGGCGGCUUGUGCAUCUGGCAGGAGCCCUGACCUGCGAGGAGAGGCUGGAAGGGCGGAGCCGCCUCGGCAGGGGAGCCAGAUGAGAAGAAGCCACACCCUUGGAUGUCCAAGGUGUGUUCCUGCAAGGUGUGUUAGAAAGCAGCAUCGCUCUUCCAAAGGGCCCAGAUAAGGGUGGAGAAUUAUGGCAAAAGUGGAAAAACAAUAAAUCAUGCAUUGGAUGA